UUCAUCUGGAUACCCGGAGCAACGUAUUGGUUUUAUCGGCUCGGCUUUUUUUGUAUCGUGGUUCGAAGGAACUUUUUUCAAACGCAUUAACAUUUACAAACUUUCACUUAUGGUUCGCGAGUAUGUGGUCAAGUUGUGGUUUCUCUCGCGGAAACACCGUUGUGAUGGUGGCGGUGGUGCUGCUGCUGGAAGGGGCAACUGGGCUGUACUUCCCUCAGAAUGAGUAUAUUGAGACGGUGUAUGUUGGCCAGCAGGCAGGGACUCCUGUCCUUCAGGUCCAUGCCAUGCUGGACAGCCAAUCUGAGCAGCCACAUUUCUACCUGUGCUGGACAAGCCCUCUCAGACGGCCAGCAUACAGCUCCUGGUUCAAUCUGGACGUCAACACUGGAAUACUAUCCUUGAACAAAACCCUAGAGGAGAGUGACUUUGCAUUACUAUCUCAAAAGUCAUGGUCUGUAAAGAAGCUGUUGCUGCAUGUCAUGGUGUUACGGAGCUUCACCAAGAAGUCCCAGUGCAUCAACAGAAACUCCCCUCGGAUCAUCCUGGACUUUGUCAACGCCACAAUCCCUCAAUGUGCUCAGACAGACAUGAAGGAACUGUGCUUCCCACAUAGAGACACCUCCAACCCACACAUCAUGGAGAACAGGUUCCCUGAGGCCCUCCGACAACUGAGACGUCUCACCAGGCUCAGCGUCUGCCCAAACUACACCAUAUCUUACACUGUGGAAUCAGACACCCCAGCUCCCUUUAUUGUAAAUGAGAACACCACAGAGCUGCUGGUGACUGCCUCAUUGGACCGGGAAGAGAGUGAACGCUACAGGCUCCUGUUGGUUUGCACAGUCAGGACAGAAACAGUCAUCACCAAGGUGGAAACAUCACUGGAUGUUUUUGUAAAUGAUGAGGACGAUAAUGCACCUUUUGUGAAUGGAUCAGACUCUGCAGAUAUUAUCAUCAGCUUUAAUCGGACGAAGGGUGGCUCAUUCGGGACACUGUUUGUCUUUGACAAGGAUUUAACCCCCAUCUAUCCAAUAGACCAGAGUCACAAUAAGUAUGUAGGGACUGUGCUUAAUAGUGAUCCAUGGAUAAAGGAAACAUUUGAUGUAAAAGGCACCUUUAGUGAAAAAAAAGCUGCUGAUGGAGGCAUUCGUGAGACUAUUCACAACUACCAGCUUGUCCUGAAGAGGAACCUGUACGUGACGGAGAAUCACACCCUCCAGCUGGACUAUCUGGUCAAUGACACCACCUACCCUGGUCCAGAGGGAACAGUGCUGCUUCACUUCAACGUCACCAUCUUACCAGUGAAAAUCCACUUUGCCAACAUCACUCAUAUGUUCACAUUGACACGCAGAGCGUCUACUUAUGCUCAGGUUGGCAGAAUAUGUGUGGAAAACUGCCAGAAGUUUGAUGGGUUCACUGUCACUUACCGGCUUGAGGUGGCCGAUAAGAAUGUGUCUGCUGAUGUGCAGGCCUGCUACGCAGCUGUAAGCAUCACCCAGGCCACAGAUGAGAUGUGGGGACUGCUCUAUGUGAAUGACUCAGAGGCACUGCGCAGGCCCGAAUGCCAGGAUUUGCAGUAUCUAGUUGUAGCUCAGGAGCAGAACACACAGCUAGAGGCCAGCACGCAGAUCCACAUCAUACUUGAUGGUGAAGCCAACAAGGCCAGUCAGGGGGACCAGCCAUUCCUGUCCUGUGCAGAAAAUAGACAUCGUGGAAAGUGUGAGUCUGUUCGAGGCCUUGGGGCAACAACAGGGAGAUGCCAAUGGAGGCAAGGCAAUGAGAAAGUUAUAUCUGAGAAUUACUCGACCUGUUCCCCUGACCUAAAGACAUGUCCAGAUGGUUUUUGUGAUGCAAUUGAAAGCAAAGAUUCAUCAAUAUGCCCACAAGACUGUACAAAGGAAACUGUAAUCGGAGGACAUGAACGAGGCUUGAGGAACGGGAUCCAGGCUGGUUAUGGAACCUGCUACUGCUAUGCUGAGAGAUGCUUCUGUGAGAAGGAAGAUGUAGAGGAGACGAUAUGUGACGACAUGUGUAAAACCAUCAUCGCCACAGCGUUGCUCCUGUCCUUCAUCGUUUCAAUCAUCAUGUCAUCAUAUUUCAUACAUCGGUACCACAAGAACUCUCCUAAGCCCCCGAUUGCCUCUGCUGAGAUGACUUUCCGCCGGCCAGCUCAGGCCUACCCCAUUAGCUUCCCUGCAAACAACAUACGACGGGGCUCACAGGAAUCCAUUGAAACAGACACCUUUAAAAUACCUGAGGAUCCUAAGUGGGAGUUUCCUCGUAAAAACCUUGUACUUGGCAAGACUUUGGGAGAAGGUGAAUUUGGAAAAGUUGUCAAAGCAACAGCGUUCAGGCUUAAAGGAAAAGCUGGAUACACUACUGUGGCUGUGAAAAUGCUUAAAGAAAAUGCCUCCUACAGUGAGCUGCGUGACCUGCUGUCAGAAUUUACUUUACUGAAGCAAGUCAACCAUCCCCACGUCAUAAAGAUGUAUGGAGCAUGCAGUCAGGACGGCCCAUUGUAUCUGAUUGUGGAGUAUGCCAAGUAUGGGUCACUGCGCAACUUCCUGCGGGAGAGUCGGAAAGUUGGCCCAAGUUAUAUGGGCAGGGAUGCCAACCGAAACUCCAGCUACCUGGAGAACCCAGACGACAGGGCACUAACCAUGGGUGACCUGAUCUCCUUUGCAUGGCAGAUCUCCAGAGGCAUGCAAUACCUCGCAGAAAUGAAGCUUGUCCACAGGGACCUUGCAGCACGAAAUGUCCUUGUAGCUGAGGGACGGAAGAUGAAGAUCUCAGACUUUGGCCUUUCCAGAGACGUGUAUGAGGAGGACUCGUAUGUUAAGAGGAGUAAGGGCCGUAUACCUGUUAAAUGGAUGGCAAUAGAGUCCUUGUUUGAUCACAUUUACACAACACAAAGUGACGUCUGGUCCUUUGGUGUGCUGUUGUGGGAGAUAGUGACCCUUGGAGGAAAUCCAUAUCCAGGUAUUGCUCCUGAACGCCUGUUCAACCUACUUAAGACUGGCUACAGGAUGGAGAGACCAGAGAAUUGCUCGGAGGAAAUGUAUAACCUCAUGCUUCGAUGCUGGAAGCAAGAAGCAGAGAAGAGGCCGACAUUCUCAGACAUCAGCAAAGAACUGGAAAAGAUGAUGGUGAAAAGCAGAGAUUACCUGGACCUUGCGGCAUCCACCCCAGCAGAUGCCCUGCUGUACGAUGACGCCCUCUCUGAAGAGGACACACCACUUGUGGACUGUAAUAACGCCCCCCUCCCUCGAACCCUUCCCUCCACAUGGAUUGAAAACAAGCUCUAUGGCAUGUCAUACCCGAACUGGCCAGAGAAGAGCCCGGUACCGCUCAUCAGACAUGAUGCCACUAAUCCAGUCUUUACAAGAUAUGCCAAUGAUAGUGUUUAUGCAAACUGGAUGGCUUUGCCUUCACCCGCAAAAGCUGUGGACAAGCUUGAUAGCUAAAGACAAACCAACUCUGUUGAAGAGAUAACUGAUUGGGAGAUAUGUAUAUUUCUAAAAGAUUGUAUAUAUGUUAUCUGAUACUAAAGUUGGUCCUUUCUAUUUCUGUUGCACGGGUAUUCAACAGGUAAACUGGGGUCAUUUAAAUGCAAAAGCAGCAGAUAUAGGCCAUGCUUUAUUCAGCUCUUCAGUACGUCAAUUAUUACCUCACAGAUCAUGUUGGCCAAGUAAUUCCACUGCAUGACUGUUGUACCAGAUUGUAUGCCAGUGUAAAUGUUUUUAAGUGCCUGUGCUGCUUCUACAAUAGUCUCAAAAUACUAAAGUGUGACUGAAGAUUUCAUUCCAGCCCAGGAAUUAAAUGGGACAUCUUUACCCUCACCUGUUGUAGACAGCAGGAGUUGAGUGGACAAAAGCAUAAUGUUGAACAUGUUCUGAAAUGUAAAGUUUCUACUUUAGAAGAUUGUGCCCCUCAAAAUGUCAAAGACCUUUUUUGUGUUUCUCCCACGAGAUGAUUCAAAACUGAUCUUGCCAAAGAAAGUAAAACAGACAUGUUUAGUGCACAGUCAUCGUGUACCUUGUUUGUUUAUUUUUGUAUAUCACAAUAUCACCUUGUGAGUGCUACUCCAGUGUAAGGACAUAAGACUAAAUGUAGGUUGUGACCAUGUCUUGUGUCAGACUACUGGUCAAUUUUUGAUUCACUGUAAUGGCAAUCUUUGUGGAAAAAGUAUGAUGUGAACUAACAAGUGUUAUCACUACUAUGUUGGUUUAAUUUGAUUUUGUUCCAAUUAAUAAUAAACAUUGAUAAUGUGCAGUA